AUGGGAGCGGCCUGGCCCGGCCUGUCCACAAGGGCCGCAUGCCCCUGGGCGGCGUUGUUCUCGGUGGCCCUGGCGGCCGCACCGUCCGCUGGAGCGGCGGCGGCGGCGGCCGUCCAGACAAUGCUGGAGCCAGGCAUCAGCUGCGCGCAGGCCGGGCUGCAGCACAUACUGGACGAGUCUCUGUGCAUCGCAUUUGCCGAGGACACUCUCGGGCUGGACGUCGACGAUGAGGACGAGUACGCUGCCAGCCUUGGCGGGGGAGCCUACGGUUGCGUGUACAUGCUUCGCGGCAGGCCCGCCGUUGUCUUCAGCACGCACGGCAACGCAACAUACGAGUCGCCAGACGCCAGGAGUAUCUGUAUCGGGUCCACCACGCCGACCUCUACAACCACUCCGAGCGCAAUGGCGAACACCACCAUGACUGCGAUACGAAACCCACGUGCUCCACCUCCGCCUACCACUUCCACGUUCACAACCUCCAGGACUCGGACGAGUUCCACGCCUGCCAUGCUCGGCUCCACGCCCACCACGACGCUGCCCACCGCGGCCGCGAUGUCCGCUCAAGUGGGCUCCGUAGCAGCGCCUGGGCCGCGCGGGCUGGACAGCGCGAGCUCGUGGCUCCUGGCCGGCAUCUUCAUAGGCUCCAUGGUCAGCACGGCGCUCUUCCUCUGCACUUGGUGCGGCGGCGGAUCUGCGGAGCAAGUCCGCUGUGCUCCCUCGGUGAGGCCUACGAGGGGGGCCGGUGCAGCGCUGCCCCCCAUCCACGCUGGCAGUCCGCAAGCUGCGGGCGCCUGGCGGACGCGACGGCUCGCGCGGGUGCAUCGUCCUUGUGGCAUCCCCUCAUGCCACCCUGUGCUGAUGCUGCGGCUGCUGGCGCCAACGUGGUUGCCGCUGGUACAGCGGCGCGCGCAGGCAGCUGCUGCGCGGCAGCACGGGGCGCGCUGGCGCCGGCCUGGCGCGACGCAAGCGCCGGCGCUGCUGAUACUGCUGCUGCUGCUACUACUGCUCUUGCCAGCGCUGCUGUUGCUGCUGCAUGCAGCUGGCGCUGCAACUGCCGUUGCCUGCAUCCAGCUGGGGGGUCGGGGUGGCCGAGCACUG